AGCGAGCCUACAACUUACUGGGUGAGGAGGGCGAGGGUGGGAAAUGAGGCCUCCUGUCCUAGACAGAAAGCGUACAAACGACCAGCAGGCCUGUCUCUAUGACCACGCCCCCAGUGGGCGGGACACACGACAAACAGGCCACGCCCAGUGGCGGGGGGGGCGCCCCCUCUCCGUGGUGGCAGGCGAUCCGAGCCCGGCGGCGGCCCGUGGCGGAGGUUGAAGGGAACUUCUGAUGCAUGGAGGACCUAGCGCUUUCAGGCUCGUCCCUGCUCUCUGCGGUUAUGGAUGGGCAGAGCACAACAGAGGCGUCCACUUGCUCCAAAGUCUUCCAGAAGCCCCUGGUGCUCAGGAUCCUCGACUUGCACUCCGAGCUUCGGGAGUCCCAGGGAGAGGAGGAGGAGACCGAGGAGGCCAGAGAGCCGGACGACGGACGCGAGGGCGAUAAAGGGCAGCAAUCAGGGCAGUCCCCCGGCUCCCACAGACCCCCCGAGCCCUGUGGGCCCCCCACAUGGCCCCAGGACGGCGAACACGAGGCACCCUGUGAGUCCAGUGAGUCCUGGGUGCCCAACAAGCCCUGGGAGCCCCGCGAGGCCGAGCUGUUUCCCAGCACCGCGCCAAGGAUCUGUCCGUCUCUGAUCGCCAGAUGCCCACCUGGCCUCCACCUGUCUUCCCUGAGCUCUGACCCUGACUUCUACCAGUUCGUAAGAAAAUGUUUUUUUUCUAGAAAGAGAAUGCAAGAGCUUUCUAGGCCUAAAAGACAAUGGGGAACUCCAGAUAGAAGACUGUUUUGGGGAAAUCAAGAUCCUAUUUGCCCUGUUUCUGAGAGUGCUUUGACAGCUCAGCUAACAAAGAGACUUAGCAACCUUGCUCAGCCCAAGAAAGUCUCCCACCACUACGUACCUAAUAGAGACCAAUAUUACUAUAGCUGUGGAAGAGAGUCUGUAAUUUGGAAAAUUCCUCAUCCUGCAUUGUUUACUCAGCCCUCCAAGAGGAUCCAGAGGCUGGCACAGCCCAACAGAUUCAAAAGACAGUGCCUGCGAAAUGGAUCCUCCAGCGAUCACUUAGCAAGAGGUUCUCUUCGAGUCUCUGAUCCUUCUCCCCGGGUUUUGCGGCUCUCAGUGGCCAAAGGCAUAGAUCCAAACUAUGUUCCUCCAAGAAGCGUUGAGACAAAAAUUUCCAUUACCACCCUGAGUGCUGUUGCAACUCCAAGAAUUAUAGACCUCGCCCACCCAAGGAUCAAAUUAGAGGGUCUGUGCUAUGAAAGACAAAGAAGUGAAAUGCCCAUACGUCCAAUAACUCCUGGUGCCUUGCUCGCCACACCUAGCCCCCGAAUAGCAGCUCUGGCGAAGUCCAAGCCUCUUCAUCAGGACUGCCUACCUGCCCGUGCUGCCCGAUGGCCAGUGUCUUAUGCUGCUACCCAUUCUACAGCAUCUCCCAGGGUUCAGGAACUAGCUAACCCAAGUUCGAGGUGUGUCAGUUCAAGGCUAAGGUGGAGCAGGAGGGGCUGGGGCUCUGGGGAGAGGGCAGAAGCUGAUCUCAUAAGGCCAGUGAAGAGGACAAAUACAAAAAUUGCAAUAACAGCUCAUCCACUUAUUAAAUUUAUUAUUACAAAUAGAUGGUCUUAUCAUAACUAUAAGGGUUACCACAUAAGGACUAGUGGACUAAUUGUUGAAACCAGGAGACAGCUCUAAAGGCAUGGAUAGGAAAUUAUUUAUCUAAAACAAUGUUGUUGAGUUAAAGGAAUUGCAAAACAGAGCAUAUAAUAGGGUGUGCUGUUUGUAUCAAAAAAUAACAAUGUGCCAUAUAUUGGUUUCACAUGCCUACACACAAGAAGCUAGGAGCAAUGUCUUCAGAGACCUAAAGAACUGG